UUGGGGAAGAAGAGAUAGGGGUGGUGGCACUGUGUUACCGAUAUCAUAUCAUAUAUUCUUUCAUCUUCUUGGGUUAGGGUUCUACGCUUUCAAUCUCCCUUCAUUCAUUUCAAUUCCUUCCCUCACCCAAACCGCACUAUCGUUCUUCGAUACGCUCCAUCUUUGAAUAGGUCCUGUUUAUUGAGCGGUUGUGGAUUAAGAGUAAAAGUGUAAAAUGGCCUUCGUAGCAAAUCAACCUCAGGGUUUGUGUGUGACAUCUUCCUCAAGGCAUUUGCCAUGGAGCAAAAGGCUAAAGUUGAAGCAGUGUUUAACAAAACAUCACAUGAUUGGAAGAACUGACUGGCAUUGCCUAGUAAAGCGGAAUGCUUGUUUAAGGUGCAGAAAUGUGAAUUCUGGUGAUGGAAAUUAUGUAGGGCCUCCUUUCUUUUGUGUAGCCAAGCUCAAACCUUUGAGGAUUUCAGGCUUCAAAGGAAGCACCCAAAAUGAUGAUUCAGGAAUCAGGGCUAAUCAGUUGAAGGCACCUAAGACCUCUGUUAGACUAGGAGAGAGUGGGGAAGCUAACAAUGUUCCACUCUCUUAUGCAUCUGAAACAAAUGAUAGCAUUGAAACAUCAUCUGCUAUUCAUAGACUUUUCAAUAAAUGGCUGACCAUGUUGCGCACACAACCAUCAAGCCAAGAAGUGGAGAAGAUUUUUGAAGAACCUGCAUCAGAAGGAAUUUUACCAAAAACUCAGCAAGAGACUCAAAUUAAGGAAAGACGUGCAAUUUUGAAGGUGGCAUGGUCCCAUUUUCUGGCCCUCGAUGCAACAAUAAAGAUUCCUUUGUUGGUAUUCAUUCCUCUAUACCUGGCUGUUAAUGUAAAAUAUGGUGCUGAAGUUUCCAAGGAGUUAACUCCUUUAUGGAUUUUGGGCCCACUUAUUGUGGCUACCCAAAUCUUGGCAAUCCGUUGGCUAUGUGCACUCUAUGUUUUCAGCUUCAAGCAGACUGUCAAAUUACUCAAGAAUUCUCCUUAUUACUGCAUUUUGGCCUACAGCUAUGUUUUUCGUGGCAAGCUCAAAGAGGAUAUCUCAACUUAUGUUUUGCAGCCUAUAUUGCGCGUUAAAAAUAGAGACUAUAAACAGCUAAUAAGAAAAAAGUUGAAAGAAUUGCAGGAAUGGAUAGUGGAGAUGUAUCUUGAUUAUGUGGAAUCUAUAUGGCCCUAUUAUUGUCGAACAAUCAGAUUUUUGAAGAGGGCUAAUCUUAUUUAGGUUUGGAAAUUGGAAAUAUUCUUAGGGGUAGUCUCCAGAAAGGCUGAAGAGGGAUGAAGGAGGGAAUACUCCGUAGCGUUGAAAUUUUUAAAUGAGAUAUGGCCAAUCCCAUUUUCUGUUGGGGUUUUGGUGUUGAGCAAGUGGUCAUGAGGAAGUUAAGUUCCUAAUUCAUGUUAUAUUGAAAACGUCACUUUAUUCUUAGAUUAGGUUGUAUUUUUUAUUUAUUUUGAAUCACUGCUUGUGUUUCGAGGUUCUAUGUGAGAUUGAUUCUAUUCUGUAACUAGUACUUUAGCUGAGUUUUGUCCCCAACCCUCCCUCUAUCCUUUGUAUUAUCUACCAUUAUUUCAACUUGGGAAACUACUGGCGAAAUUAUAGGUGUGUAAACCUCGUCCUGGUUGAAUUGACGAUUGAUAAGGCUUGACCGAGUGAGUGUUCAUAUUUUGUCAAUCAGCAGAAGAAGAUACGUUUUAUGAUUUGUCAGCCAGAAUCCGGAGAAUGUAUUGUGUAGAAUGACCCUGCAUAGUGAGGGAAGAAAGCAGAGAUGAUGGAUUGGGGGGGGGGGGGGGGGGGGGGGGGGGGGGGGAGUUGACUUUGAGGGAACAGUGGAGACUGGAGAGAGAGAACUGAAGUUGUAUUGGUUCUGCUCGUUGCUACCCUCUGGUAUUGCUUCUUGGAGGGUGCUAGAAACCCCUCCUCAAUCAAUCUUCCAGGAUAAGGUGAAUAUAUCAAAGUUAACUUUUUUGGGAAGAUGAAGUAAAAUGACUUGGUACACAAGUAUUUGAAAAUUUGAUAAUUUAACACUGUUGGUUAAACAUGGUAUAAACUGAUGUUUGAUUGUAUCAAAGCAAUUGGAGCGGCACCAA